GGCCGCGCCCGGGCCCGCCAGCGCCACCAGCCAGCUUUUCAUCAGUAAGCUCGCGUGAUCCCGAUCUGAUGCAGCGGUGAAGAUGAACAUCAUAAGCCCGCUUUAAAUAAUGGUAACUCCAGACUGUAAAGGUGUAAAUGGACUGAUGUUUUAUUCAAGGAGCAAGAAAGAGGAGGUGGCUGUAUAACUGUUAGUUCGUUGGUCGUUCAGUCGGCUAGAGUUUUGAGGAAAUAAUCAAGUGAUGAUGGUCUUCUACAUCACACUCUCUGUUGUUCUUGUAAUCUGCACUGGUUGCCAAGGAAACGUUGGUAACAAGGAAGGUACAUUCUUGGGAGAUGCUGCCCACUACUUGCCUCCUGGGAAUGUCUUUGAGAAGGAAGCAUCCAUUCAGAAUGUUUCUGAAGUUUGCCUGGCGGAUUUGUUGAAGCUCUUUUCAGGAGAUCCCAAUUUGUUUCAAGUUGUGGAUUCGUUUGGAAAGCCAACACCCGGUACUCUUGUUGGGAACACAGCAUGGAUCGGUCAUUAUGACGAGUGUAUGAAUAUCACUGAUUUUAGAUAUUGUCUUGUAGAUAUGGGACUCAACAUCACUCUCAGUGCCAACCACACUUUGGCCCUACCAAUCAAUUGGGGAGUGUGUGCUCCUAUUACCUGCCAUGAAGAUGACAUACAGAAUGGGCUUGAAAUCUUCUUAGAUCUACUGAAUGUGAGCUGGAUUGGAUUAAAGGAUGUUGCUGGCUCAGCAGUCCAUUGUACAGAGAAACCCCAUGCUGAUUUCAAUGGUGGAUUUAUAGGAACAUGUGUUCUCGUUAGCAUCCUGUCUAUGCUCAGUAUUGUUGGCACAGUACUAGACAAACACAUCACCCGCAACCAAAGGCGGAGACCGUCCCUACCUCCGCUACCACAUGGCACAGCUAAUGGAUCUAGUGGAGAUCAGAGGCCAUCUCAGAGAUCAACUGAUCCCUCUAGUAUCUAUGCCACUGUUGAUAAGAGGAGGAGUAAAGACAAUGACCCAGACUCUGUCUAUGCAUGUGUAGAUGACCUCAGGUCAGAUGGGGGAAAGGGUGAAGUUCAAGGUCAAAGUUUAAAUGAAAAGCAACAUCUGAGUUCCACUGAUGGGAGUUAUGGUUCUACAAGACAGAGGGAAGGGCUUCAUGAAAACAAAGUUGAGGAUAGAGAGGUUCAGAUUGCUUCUGGCACAGCAUCAGAAACCACAGCCUUGCUUGCUGGAUCUCAUUAUCAAGUGGUCAGUGUGAACAAAACCCCAAACAGUUUGUGGAAGCAGUUUCUUCUCUGUUUUUCCAUGUCUCGCAACCUUCCAAAGAUCCUUAGCUCAAAGCAGGCUGCAGGAGGCAUUCCUUGUUUAAAUGGUAUCCGAGUUAUUAGUAUUACUUGGAUCAUCUUGGGUCAUUCAUUCUCUAUGGUGAUGAAUGCAGGUUUAUCAGAAAAUCUUUUUGUUGCAUUUGGAAACUUCCUUCAGGAUUUCAGCUUCCAGGCUCUUAUUGCUGCUACGUAUGCAGUGGAUUCCUUCUUCUUGCUCAGUGGUCUACUCUUGACGUACCAUGCAUUGAAGAAGAUGAAUGAAAAUGAUGGAAAACUGUCUUGGGGAUGGCUAUACUUACACAGGUAUAUCCGUUUGACUCCAUGCCUGGCUGUAAUCAUCUUAAUCUGGAUGUACUUCAUACCCUAUAUGAGUCAGGGGCCCGUUUCCUUUCGCUUUGAUGAUAGAGUUAAACUUUGUCACGCUUGGUGGUGGACAGAUCUCCUCUACAUCAAUAACUUUGUUCCUCCUGGUCUGCGGCAGGAUUGUAUAGCAUGGAGCUGGUACCUUGCCAAUGACAUGCAGUUUUUCAUCAUAAGUCCUCUUCUAAUCAUCCCUAUGUUCUGGUAUGGUGUUAAAGGAAUGCUAGUAUUAAUUAUAACUUGUGUGGCCAGUUUCAUCACAACUGCAGUACUAGUUUACAAGAAUAACUUUGAGGUUGGAAUACUAGCCCAAGGAAUUGCAGAUACUGUAAUAGAAUCUCCUGGUACGGAAUAUAUGUUUGCUAAUGAUGUCAAUGGAAUCGUCUACAACAAACCUUAUUGUCGCAUCCCGCCUUAUCUUGUAGGCAUGGCUCUUGGUUAUGCCAUGUAUAAUAUUGGAAACAAGAAACUUAAAAUUUCUCCUGUAAUUGCAGCUGCAGGCUGGGCUGUCGCCACUGCCAUAGCCAUGGCGGUGGUCUACGGUCUCUACAAUGCAAACAGAGGUGUUUCCACGCCAAGCCAGGCUGCUAACAUUAUGUCCCUUACGUUUUCUCGCUUCGCCUGGGCCCUAGCUGUCUCCUGGGUCAUAUUUGCUUGUCAUUAUGGAUACGGAGGAGUGGUCGAUGAUAUUUUAUCCUGGAACUUCUGGGUGCCGUUGAGUCGAUUGACCUAUUCAACCUACCUUAUACAUCCUGUCAUACAGAGCCUGUAUGGUUAUAGUUUAGCCGUUCCUAUUCACUGGUCUGUGUUAUCAUUGACUUAUCUGUAUGCUGGCUCUAUUCUACUGGCCCACUCUGUUGCCCUGGUCUUGUGUGUCUUGGUUGAAUUUCCAUUUGGUAACAUGGAGAAGAUGUUACAAACCAUCGUCCAAUCAAGGCAUAGGCAACGGGAUGCAUGAACUUCAUUCAACAAGUUAUUGUUGACAAACUUAGCAAUAGAAAUAUAUAUUUGUUACAGAAUCUGUGGUAGUUUACCACAUAUUUGGUUCUGUUUUAUAUUAGGUUCCAUGGCAUUUGGUCCUGCAACAAUUGUUCCCAUAUACCGGGUAAAUUUCACACUUUAAACCAAACAUAAAUAAACCCUACACUCAAACUCAACCCUAACC